AUGAUGCGCUUUGCAACGAUUUUGGCUUUGUGCGCAGCCGCACUGUUCUGCUGCCACGCGACCUGGGCGCAGGAGGUGAAUGUCACCUCGAGCGUGGUCACGGCGACCGGCCAGGGCUCCGUAACGAUCCCCGCUGACAUCGCCCGGGUCGAGCUGGGCGUCCAGGCUGACUCCUCCAACGCCAGCCAAGCCCAGGCCGCCGCCGCCAAUUCCUCCCAGGCCAUUGUCGCCGCUCUCCAGGCGCUCAACGUGUCCAAACUGCAGACGAGCAGCAUCUCGCUGACGCAGCUCAGCUUCCCGAGCCCUACGCCGUUCCCUCUCUCGGGGAGCUCUGGUUCUGGGGCGCAGCCUCAGACCGUCUUCCGAGCGACCAACAUUGUGAGCUUCGAAGUGCCGGCCGACCAAGCGGGCCAGGCCAUCGACGCCGCCGUCGCCGCCGGGGCGAACACCAUCAACUCGGUCCAGCUCAUCCCUUCGGACAACAACGUGACGACGGCGCAGCAGGAGGCGACUAGGCUGGCGGUGGCGAACGGCAUAGCCAACGCAAGGCUGGUCGUGAGUGAGCUCGGGUGCGAGAUCGUAGGCGUGGGCACCAUCAACCUCUCGCCCGCCUUCAAUCCCCCCUCCUCCUCCAUCAGUAAGGCUGACAAGCGCCCUACUCCAGAUGCUGCCGCGGCCACGCAGGCAACGACUCCAGUGCUGGCAGGCGAGGUCGACAUCACGGCAUCGGUCCAGGUGAACCUGCUGCACAGCUGCCCGAGCGCUGCCAUCAGCAACAUCAACAACGCCACCUUCCCCAACUCGACUGCGACCGCCUAA